CGCUCUCUCUCGUCUUCUUCUUCUUCAUUCCUCAGAACGCAGCGAAAUAUCAAACCAAUCUUUGACUUUCCCCUUUCUACCUUCUUUUUCUUCAAUGGCAUUGAUACAACAUGGUUCAGUUUCUGGGACUUGUGCGGUUCGGUUGAGCUUCUCAUCCGCCGCGUCACCACCGUCGUCUCUCAAUUUUCAGCCGGAGAAGAAGGGUUGGAGGAGGAGUUGCUGCCGGAGAAUGAUAUGUAGAGCUAUGGUUCAAGAGGCGAUUCAAGGGAUUCCUUCGGUUUACGCCAGAGAAAUGGAGCGUCUCUCUGCUAAGGAAUCGCUGAUUCUAGCCUUCAAUGAUGCUGGAGGCUUCGAGGCUUUAGUUACAGGGAAGAUCACUGAUUUGCAAAAGAUUGAUGUGAAUGAGAGGAUAACGACUCUUGAGCGUCUUAACCCAACUCCUAGACCAACCACGUCUCCUUAUCUUGAAGGGAGAUGGAGUUUCGAGUGGUUUGGAUCCAACACUCCUGGCUCACUUGCUGCUCGGGUUAUAUUCGAGAGGUUUCCUUCCACAUUGGCGAGUCUAUCCAAUAUGGACAUAGUCAUUAAGGAUGCUAACACAAAGGCCACCGCAAACAUCAAACUGCUAAACAUGAUAGAAAACAAAGUCAUUCUGUCAUCGAAACUGACAGUGGAAGGGCCUUUGAGGAUGAGAGAAGAGUAUCUAGAGGGAAUGCUCGAGUCGCCAACGGUGAUCGAAGAAGCAUUACCUGAACAGCUAAGAGGUUUAUUUGGUCAAGCUACCACCACGUUGCAGCAGCUUCCUGAACCUAUCAAGGGCACUCUAACCAAUGGUCUAAGAAUUCCACUUGGUGGAUCUUACCAGAGAUUCUUCAUGAUAUCUUAUCUAGACGACGAGAUUCUUAUUGUAAGAGAUACCGCGGGAGUGCCUGAAGUACUGACGAGGGUGGAAACAUCGUCUUCAUCAAGCAUUGUAGAUAAUCUUGAAUACAACAGUUAGAAACAGGUCCAUGCAUAUGUUACCCUGUUUCUGUCUGUAAAUGUAAAAGAGAAAAAAAGUGUAUACAACUUACCAACCUUGAACACAAUACAUAUAUCUCCGGACACACUGAGACCUCUUUUCUUCUUCUACGUUGUCUUUUGUCUAAGUCGA